AUGAAGGCAAAAUCAUCAGCAUCGUCAUCAUCUUCUUCGUUUUCAUCUGUUGAUGUUGAAAAAAAGGUCGAUGAACUGAAAAAGUAUCCUCAUCAUUUAUCAGCUUCUUACAUUCGCAGCCUCGUCAAACAACUAACCUCCUCCGCAACAACAACAACUAAACAAGAUCCGUCUGAAGAAAACGGGUUUCUUUCCCGGCACCAAGAUCCGACCCGAAUCAUCAGCUCUACCAACUCCGACGAACAACCCGAAAACCCACCGCCUCAGAAAAGGAGGCCGAGAAGAAGAAGAAGAACCCAAACCAGCAAACCCUACCAAGAAAAGAUGCUCAACAUGGCCGAAGCCCGAAGAGAAAUCGUCACCGCCCUCAAACUCCACAGAAAAGCCCGUGAAAUUCAACCGGCCCGGCCCGAAUUUCACCCACCGGGCCAGCCUGAAUCGGGCUUUUACUCUUGGCCCGUUUCUUGUAGUGGUUUUGCACUCCCGGGCCGGGCUCUGGGCCUCAAUCUCAAUCUUCAAGAUUUCGACAAAACCGCCGUUUUUCAGUAUUCCGGCGCCAACCCUCCAUCAACUGAUCAUGAGCCGCCGUCCACUUUCGCCUCCGCCGCAACUCCGGCGGCGGCGGAGGUGGUGGGAUUCGUGCCUCCGGCGUUGGAUUUCGUGGAGUCUCCGUUCGAUGAAGUGAUGGAGUUUCCGGGGUGGAUGAGUGCAGACGAGAGUGUGAAUGAUUUCUUACCAGAUGCAUAUUUCCAAGAUCGUGCUUUGCCAUGCAUGAAGAUUGAAGAAAUUGGAGGCAUAGAUGAUGGAGAUUGGUUAGCCUAA